UCUCAACUACUCUUUACAGAAUGAACAUAUAACGCUCUUUCUGUGACAUCAAGAUUGCCUCAGUCACAGAAGCGCUAUUUCGAUAUUCUAACCCGGACCUGCAGGUCCUGCACAGUUGGCUUAGCAGCCUUAGCCAGGGGGGGCGCUCCGCCGCCAACGUCAACACCUCCAAGAUGAAUACGCGGACUCCUCUUGAGACACCCUCUUCGACAGUCGUUCUCUCUGUAGCCUUUAAUGAAGACUGCAGUUGCUUUACCGCGGGUCUGAAUACGGGCUUUUGCAUCUUCAACUCUGAACCAUGUUCGCUCCGGAGCACAAGAGACUUCAACGCCGGCAUUAGCUUGGCUCAGAUGAUGGGUAACGCUAAUUACGUGGGCCUCGUCGGUGGCGGGAAACGGCCCAAGUUUGCAACCAACAAGCUUGUUCUCUGGGACGAGCUUAAGAGCAAGGCCAUCCUGGAGAUCAGCGCCUUGACGCCUGUACGGGGUGUGCAGCUCUCUACGCACCUCAUUGCGAUCGUGCUGCAGAACAGCGUCCGCAUAUACAAGGUUACCAAACCGCCCACACUGUCAUCAGCCUACGAGACAGCCAACAACCCGUGGGGGUUGUGCUGCUUGGGUCAGAAGAAAAUCGCCUUUCCGGGCAGGACGCCUGGGCACGUACAGCUCGUUGAGUUAGCGACGGGCAACGUGAGCAUCAUCCCGGCACAUUCGUCGCCCGUGAAGGCCCUCCAGCUGAGUCCGGACGGCGAGCUCCUGUCCACUGCAAGCGAGACGGGCACCCUGAUCCGGGUCUUCUCCACUAGCAACUGUGCCCGGCUGAUAGAACUGCGAAGGGGCAUCGACCAAGCAAGCAUCUUCUCCCUAGCCUUUAGCCCAUCCGGGACUAUGCUAGCAUGCACGUCUGACAAGUCCACCCUGCACAUAUUUGACGUGCCACACCCCCGGCGGCCCUCUCCCCAAAUGCUGCAGCAGCAGCAGAACGGCGGCAGCAGCCAAAUUUUCAGCCCCCAAAAUGGCUCGAGCGCAGCAGACAAAAGCGAUGACGGAAAGGGAAAAUGGGGCAUCCUGUCCAAGAUCCCCAUGAUGCCACGCAUGUUCUCGGACGUCUACUCCUUUGCGUCGGCGCCGUUCGAGGUGGACGAUGAAGAGACGCCCGCCGUUGUGACGGGGCUGCCCAUGUCGGAAAGCACGACGCUGGGCACGUCGAAGCCGCCGAAGGGAGUUAUCGGCUGGUUGAACGAGAGCACGCUGAUUGUCGUCGGGGCCGGCACGAAUGCUCGGUGGGAGAAGUUUGCUAUCCACGAGGGAUCGGACGGUCGGCGGUUCUGUGUUAGGGAGGGGUGGAAGCGAUAUCUUCCUAGUCAUUGAUUUCGGGGUUGUGUAGUAGGUAUGGGCUAUGGCGUUUACCGGGUGAAUAGUUAUUGGAGUUUGGGGCUUGGUUCCAGCAUGGAUUAUGGUGGGAGGAUCGAGGCGUUGGAGACAAUCUUUAGCAACGGUCAGGACAGACUGGGUUGUAUUCUU